GAGGUUCCGGCGUGUUUACAUGUGUAACGCGUUACAUUAGAAGUAUUUGGUACUGUUUGUAGUGUGGGCGGAGGUCUUCUCAAGCGUAACUCGUUUAUUAAUAUCUCUCCCCGCACCGCCAGCGUCGCCAGCGUACCCCGCCAUGAACGCCAACGCCGACGUCGCGGUCGCGGUUGCCGUGACGACGUCGCAGCCGCCACAGCCGCCGCCGCACGCGCACGUCAACAAGCAGGAUGGGCCGGACGUUGACGCGAUAAAGAUGUUCGUCGGGCAGAUCCCGCGCAACAUGGACGACAAGGAGCUGCGCGCGAUGUUCGAGGCGAUCGGGCCCGUCUACCAGCUGAACGUGCUCCGCGACAAGGUGACCAGCCAGAGCAAAGGUUGCUGCUUCGUGACGUUCUACACGCGUAAGGCGGCGCUACAGGCGCAGAACGACCUACACAACAUAAAAACCUUGCCAGGGGCGUACCAGGCGUACCUGUACCUGGCGUACCUGGCGUACCAGGCGUACCAGGCGUACCAGGCGUACCUGUUCCCGUACAGGCGUAGGGGAAGUGAAGUGUAA